UCAAGCGCUAGUCUCAGUUUUGGUUGUGACAACCUGUCAUGUCAUCGUGCAUGCUGCUCCUGUUGCUGUUACUCUCUCAGGCUCCUCAGUGACUCCCCCUUCCAGCCAUGUGAAUAUCCACUCUGAAUGGACCCUGACCAGUUACCCGUCGCUCUGCUGGACUUGUACUCCGCAGGAUCCUUAGAGACGGCAACAUCCUGACCCAAUGCAUAGAGGAUAAACUUUGAGCAAACAUAGACUGACAAAGCAUUUCACGAUGUAUUUGGAAAACUCUGCGCAAGUUAAAGUCUCUGGAGAAGGGGAGCCAUCAGCGGAAGUCAUGCUUGCAGAACAAUGCCAGGUUCCCGAUUUAACAGAAGCUGCAGAUUUAACCAGCCCUUUGAAAGGAAGCACUGAACUCGGCAUGAACGUCCUUGUGGAAUACACAGAGCAAGUUGUCAGCAGAGUUAUGGACUCGUCUCUCCUUUGCAUGGAGCACUGCAGGAUGAGUGGAGAUGAGGCUGAAUACAGCAGAUAUUGCAACGGACACGCUGAGAGCUUUGAGCAAUAUUCAGCAAGCAGCAUAUUUUUCGAAUCCGAGCAAACCCUCGAUAAGUGUGAGACUUCGAGGUUAAGCCAACCAUUUAAUGAAUGUGCUCAACACUGCGAGUGUUUUAAACCUUGCAAGUCCUCUGAGCACAGUGCUAAUCAUAGCGUAGCUUGCAACAAAUGUUGUCCUUGCUGUGAACACUGGACAGAACACCUCGGACUAUUUCAGCAAUGCAAGCCCCCCGGUCAACAGUUUGAGUCUCUCGACUUUGAGCGAGACAAAUUGGCAAUAAAAUGUGACAGUUUAGGGCUGUGUGAAAUGUCUGAUUUCAUAGCGGAGAGCACCGAGCAGCUGGAGUUACUCCAACAAUACGAGUCUCCGGAUCAGCAGAGCGAGUGCUCUGACUCGGAACCGGACACAGCGACAGAGGACUUUGAACAAUGUGAAGUGGGUGGUUGCCAACCCAACAUCUGUGAUUCAGUGGACUCACUGGACUGUGGCACUGAACUCUGUGAGUAUGAUGAAAUGCAAAUUGAGUACGCAAAUGGUGAUGAGGAGGAUGAGGAGGAGGAUGAGGAUGAAGAUGAAGAAGAGAGCUAUCUAUGUGAACAAAAUGAAACUGAGGUCGGACUAUCAGAAGAUGUAAAUUCCUCACAUUUGAAUACGCCGGUCCCUGUUUGCUUUGAUGACAGUGAACAUGUCAGUUUUGAGGACGCUGAAGAACUCUCUCCGCAAACUCCGACACUAGACAUGUCAGCAGAUGACUGUGAGAUGUGUGGAAGCGAAGAGUACGAAACCACGCAGCCGUGUGCAACUUCUGACAAAACCUCCGAUGGCUUUUACACCGAAGAAGACAGUUUCUCCGAUUGCUCCUCCAUUGAAACAAAAUCCUUUAAGACCUGUCCUGAUGGCAGCAUCCCGUCGGAUCCCUGCUCCGAUUCAUCUGGGGAAUCGGAAAAGGGAGUUCAGGGAGAUUCAAGCGAUGAGCAGACGCAGUGGGAAUCGUUUGAAGACGAUGAAGAAACGGAACAAAGGCACGCUAACGAAAGUGACGAGGAUGAAACGAAAACACCCGCCGCGGUUGAUAUUGUUAUUGGGGAUUACUUUGAUUUAUUCGACAGAGCCGACCAUUACGGACACGCAUUUGCACCAAAGCACCAUUACAUCUCCUGCUUUGAUGGUGGGGAUGUACACGAAGGCCUGAACCUUGAAAAAGAGGCUGCGAGACGUAAUGCCAAAAAUGCGUUUACGUACGAGGAAGCCAGUGAGGAAAUGGGUAUCCAGGAAGCGGGUGUAUGUCCUGAAGAAGCAUGUGAUGCAAGUCAAAGAGAUGAUUGUGAGUCAGAGAUAAACCCAGAAGACUUGAUCAUAGAUUCAGAGUCAAGUUUUGCAGAAUAUGAUGAGGUUCAGGAAGAAGAGAGUGAAGCCUGUGAACUUUACACAGAGUAUCACGAGGAAGCAGAGGAAGAUGAAGACACUUUUGAUAGAGAAACAGCUGAGGGCCAUGUUUCUGAAAUCUGCAACGAAGACGAAGAGGAAGAGGAAGAGGAGAUCUGCCUGUCCUCUGGUCAUGAGGAGAGCAUGUCUGCACCAUGUGCCGAGAACAUCUCCGUUGAAGGUGAUGCUUAUGAAGAGGAGGUCUUUGAAUCCCUUGGCGACAGUGCCUCUUCAAUCGAUCUUUGCAGAAAGGAUGACGAGUCGGAGCCCGACGAUAAAGCAGCUAUUGAAUGUCCCGAAAUGGAGCCAUAUUGGUGGCUUAUAGAUAAUGAAGGUGAUGAAGAGGCGUGUGAGCCAGGUGUUGAGGAUUACUAUGCGUAUCAGAUUCAAAGUGCUCAGUCAUCUGUUAAACAAGCCCUGAAAGGACUUAUUACCGAGUCCCCCGCCCCUGGAGUUUGUCCAGCGGAGAGCGAAGCCGUCGGAUUGGCAGUUAGUGAAGAUAUUGAACCGAGCGAGAACUUGGCCAGCUGCUCUGCCGCGGAAGAAACGGCCAAUAAAAUAAUUCUGAAAUCAGACAAGGACAUCUCAACCGGGACAAGGUAUCCUCUAGAUAUUAUCCACAGCGUUGUCCCCGAACAUGCCAAACUGGAGGGAGGCGAUGCACAGACGGAGGAAAACGACUGCGGACAGGGCAGAGAUUCAGAUUCAGAGGAGGAGGAGGAGGAGAGUGACGAUGAAUCCUCUGAGGCCUGCGACUGCGACUACUGCAUUCCACCAACCGAGCAGGUUCCAGGAAAACCUCUGCUCCCACGGAUACAAUCGAACGACGCGGGGAAGAUCUGUGUGGUCAUUGAUUUGGAUGAAACACUAGUCCAUAGUUCAUUUAAGCCAGUGAACAAUGCUGACUUUAUCAUUCCAGUGGAAAUCGAUGGAACAGUUCACCAGGUGUACGUGUUGAAGAGACCCCACGUGGACGAGUUCCUCAAGAGGAUGGGAGAACUGUUCGAGUGCGUUUUGUUCACCGCCAGUUUAGCCAAGUACGCAGAUCCCGUGUCCGACCUGUUGGACAAAUGGGGGGCCUUCAGGAGCCGUCUCUUCCGGGAGUCCUGCGUCUUCCACAAAGGGAACUACGUAAAAGACCUGAGCCGUUUGGGCAGAGACCUCAACAAGGUCAUCAUCAUCGACAACUCUCCGGCCUCCUACGUCUUCCAUCCCGAAAACGCUGUUCCUGUCGUGUCCUGGUUUGAUGACAUGUCCGACACCGAGCUCCUCGAUCUCAUCCCUUUCUUUGAGAGACUAAGCACAGUGGACGACGUCUACGAUAUUCUGAAGCAGGAGAGGACUUCAAGUUAACAGAUGCAGGGCACUAGGAUGACAACGAUCACCAGUGGCUGUCGUCACGGGGGCCACGGAGGCCGGUGGGCCACAGGUCCCACGCCGGCCUCCCACUACAAGGACCAUACUGCAAAAAAAAAAAAAUACCUGUCAUUUAAUCUAAUAUUCUUAUUGUAUAGUGCAUUAAAAAGAGUCACAGUAAUCCUGUAGCUGGGUUCAGUGACAGUUAUGUAAUCCCGGUGACAGAUUUUUCUUUCUUUUUUUUAAAUUAAUCGUGGACUUAAUAUAAGAUUAAAUGACUUCUGCAGAAAUCAUUUGCAGUGCAGCUAGAGCUGUUGUCAUUGUGUGACAGCAGCUAGAGAGGUUGUCAUUGUGUGACAGCAGCGGUUUGUGUACAUGAUCAGACACGACAUCAGAACCGGUCUCAUGUUUUUAUGUCGAGGCUGAAUGGUGGACGAACAGGUUUGACCGCUGUGGCCGAUCACUGUCGCUGCGCCAUUCGGCGCCAAUCAAACCACAUCACGUCGUUUGCAUGUCAGUACGAUGUAGCGUUUAUAUCUGAGGCUCCCACACGGAAUACAACAGGUCGUCAGAGACAGUCCCCUGAAUCUCAUUGAGCUUAUUUCCCCCAAAAUGUUUACAUUUGAAUAAUUUAACAAAAAUGUUUUGUGGCACGUUUCACUACAAAAUGCACAUUCUGACAUGUGCCAAACAUUUAGUGUGUUUUUGAAAAGCUGCAAUUGGAAUUAGGGAUUUGGUUUAAAGAAAAUAUACAAUAUUCUUUGCUGUUAGACGGAAAAGAUCCAGAAACAAAAAUCAUGAGUAGUAGUCCUUAUUCACUACAAUACAUGAAUAUGAUUUAAUAACUAUAUAUAGUAAUAUUACUAAAAACUAAUUAUGAAUGUGUAAUAAAUCUUUUAAGAUGUAGUCUUAUGCCCAAACUAUGACAGAGUAUUAGGGCCAUGUUGUCAAAAAAUAAAUUAUUGAAGAUAUCAAUAAUAGUGUUGUAAUUUUACCAGAAUAAAGUCGUAAUUUAAAUUUCUCAAUGAGAUUGGUUCUUUUUUCUUUAAUCUCGUAAUUUAAUUGUUGUAGUAUUCUGACUUUAUUCUUGUAAAAUUUUAAUUUGAACUUAUUUCUCAUAAAUGGCAACUUAUUUAGUAAAAUUACGACUUUAUUCUUAUAUAUUUAUGACCUUAUUGUUGUAAUAUUACUGUUAUUUUUGUUAAAUUUCUACUUAAUUCUCAUAAAAUUACAACUUUAUUCUUGUGAUUUUACAAAUCUAUUCUUGUUGUGCUUCAACUUUAUUCUUGUAAAAUUAUGACUUUAUUGUAAAAUUGCUAUUUCUUUCUUGUGAUUUUACUCUUGUAAUAUUAUGAGUUUCCUCCCAAUUCCGACCUUAUUCUCAUAAUAUUACAAUUCUAUUAAUAUUAUGAUUAAUCUCGUCAUAUGACGACUUCUCUAAAUCUCAGAAUGAAUUGUUUCAACAUGACCCUGAUACUGCGUCGUACAAAACAUCAGCAUCUUCAUAACUACACAAUCCGAGACAAUAUGAAACUGUAAACUUUAGACCUGGGUGGAGUUGAGCAGACUGAGUUCACACUGAUCGGACCUUUUAUACACAGACGAGUACCCCUGCAGAAAUAGUGAGGUUAUUUUUGUACAUACAGAAUAUCAGACUGUUAGGCAAUCAUUGUGACUUGGUUUUAAUCCUAUUUGAUGUAAUAUUAUUUUAUCCUUUUUGGAGAUUUUUUAGCUGAAUUGGCCAUGCCCCCCCCUGUGUGUGUGGCCCCUUCGAUAAUGCAAUAACUGUUAAUGUGUGACCUGCUAAGGGCGUCUGAGGUAAGUGAGUGGUUUGAUUUCGAAAGCGCACUUUGACGCCUCCUGUUGGUAAACUUGAAUACAAAACCUUUUUUCUUUGUGUGUAAGGCACCAGCGGAGUCGAGUGUCCUUCCUGAUCGAUGUGUAAAUUCAGUUUCUGAGGGGAAACUCGUGCCAUACAUGUUGGAUCACCCUGCUUUACUUUGCCUCAGCCUGGAGCGAGUGUUUAUAUAAUGUGUGUGAGAGUGUGUGUGUGUGUGUGGUUUGCAGGGUGCGGAUUUACAUGAGAAUUU